GUUUUAGAAUCUCUAAUGUUCAGAAUAGUCUGUCAGAGUUAUAGUUUCUGCAUUCCGAUGUCUCUUUAUGUUAUAAUUUGCUUUUGUACAGUAACCUUCCGUAUAGUAAGCUGACUCAGUAUGUACGUAUGUAAAUACAAAACUCCUGAUAGUGGAAGAUAUUGGUCUCUUCUAUGCUCUAUUUUGUGAUCAGAGUUGGAUUAUUUUUCAAGCUUUCCUUACUCCUUCAGAAAUUCUGCUUUCUUCCAGCCUGUAUCAGUCCUGCUGACAUUAAUGCUGAAGAAACUCUUAACACUCUCAAAUAUGCUAACCGAGCUCGCAAUAUUCAGAAUAAGCCCAUUGUUAACAGAGAUCCAGUUUCCAGUGAGAUGCGAAGGAUGAGACAACAACUGGAAUACUUACAGGCUGAGCUACAUGCACGUGGAGGAGGAGUUUCAUCUGAUGAAGUCCAGGUUCUCAAAGAAAGGAUCGCUUGGCUUGAGGCUACUAAUGAGGAUCUUUCUAGGGAGCUUCAUGAACACCGUAGUAGAUGUGGUAUCAUAGAGCAAUGUGAAGUAGAUGCUCAAGAUGGAGCGACUUUUUCGUUGAAAGGUGAAGGGCUAAAGAGGGGUCUGCAGAAUAUGGAGUCCUGUGAUUAUCAAAUGGGUGAAACGAUAACAGUUCCAGCAGGGGAUAAUUCCAAGGAAAUCGAUGAAGAAGUUGCAAAAGAGUGGGAGCAUACACUUCUGCAAAAUACCAUGGACAAGGAGUUGAACGAGUUAAACAAACGCUUGGAGCAGAAAGAGUCAGAGAUGAAGUUAUUUGGUGGAGUCGACACUGCAGCACUAAAGCAACAUUUUGGAAAGAAAAUAAUGGAGCUUGAGGAUGAGAAAAAAGCCGUGCAGCAAGAAAGAGAUCAUUUGUUAGCUGAAGUGGAAAGCCUUGCCGCUACUUCAGAUGGGCAAACACAGAAAAUGCAGGAUGUUCACACCCAAAAAUUGAAGGCACUUGAGGCACAGAUUCUGGAUCUUAAGAAGAAGCAAGAAAACCAGGUUCAGCUUUUAAAGCAAAAGCAACGAAGUGAUGAAGCAGCAAAGCGGUUGCAAGAUGAAAUACAGUUUAUUAAGGCACAGAAGGUUCAACUGCAGCAUAAGAUAAAGCAAGAGGCAGAACAAUUUCGACAGUGGAAGGCCUCUCGUGAGAAGGAACUGCUGCAGUUACGGAAGGAGGGAAGGAGAAAUGAGUAUGAGAGGCAUAAACUGCAAGCAUUAAAUCAGCGCCAAAAAAUGGUUCUCCAGAGGAAGACAGAAGAGGCUGCAAUGGUCACCAAAAGGCUAAAAGAGUUGCUUGAAGCACGAAAGUCUACGUCACGUGACAGUUCAGUAACCUCGAAUGGAAGUGUGCCAAGUGGCCAGAGCAAUGAAAAAUCCCUACAACGCUGGCUUGAUCAUGAGCUAGAAGUCAUGGUGAACGUGCAUGAAGUCCGUUCUGAGUAUGAGAAGCAAAGCCAAGUACGAGCUGCCCUGGCAGAAGAGCUUGCUGUAUUGAAGCAAGUGGAUGAGUGUGCUGCAAGGGGGCUUAGUCCCCCAGGUGGAAAGAAUGGAUAUUCUAGAGUGUCCUCCAUGUCACCAAAUGCAAGAAUGGCAAGAAUUGCAUCCCUUGAAAACAUGCUGAGCAUUUCCUCAAACACGCUUGUGACAAUGGCAUCACAGCUUUCAGAGGCAGAAGAACGGGACCGUGCCUUUUCUGGCCGUGGACGUUGGAACCAGUUGCGCUCAAUGGCAGAUGCAAAGAGCUUACUUCAGUACAUGUUCAAUGCAGCAGCAGAUGCAAGGUGCCAAUUAUGGGGGAAGGAAAUUGAAAUGAAGGAGAUGAAAGAGCAGUUAAACGAACUUGUAGGCCUAUUACGACAGAGUGAAGCACGGAGAAAGGAAAUUGAGAAACAGCAAAAACUGAGAGAGCAAGCUGUUGCCAUUGCCUUGGCUACGUCAGCUUCGGGGAACUCACAUGGUUCACUGAAACACUUUGCUGAUGACAUGACUGGGCCCUUGUCUCCAAUGUCAGUACCUGCACAGAAGCAACUCAAAUAUACAGCAGGCAUUGCUAAUGGCUCAGUUAGGGACUCAGCAGCAUUCAUGGACCAGACACGGAAGAUGAUACCAAUUGGACAACUAUCAGUGAAGAAGAUGGCAGCUGUCGGACAAGCUGGAAAGCUCUGGAGGUGGAAGAGGAGUCAUCAUCAGUGGUUGUUGCAGUUCAAGUGGAAGUGGCAGAAGCCAUGGAGGCUCUCAGAAUGGAUCAGACAUAGUGAUGAGACAAUUGUGAGGGCAAGACCUCGUCAGCAGGUUUUGUCGGGGAUGAUAUGAAAUCUUAUACUGCUAACUUUUCUUUCCCAUGCAACUUAGCUUUGAUCACUACACGAACCCUAAUGGCAUGGAAUGCAGAAAUAGAAUGGAGGAAUGCUCUAAAAUGGUGAUGCGACUUGGGAGAACCACAUUUUCUUAUCUGGAGUUGGGACAGUUUGCUUUCCUAUCAUGGAUUCAAGGCAUGUUCAAUCCACCAGGAGCAUCUUGUAAAGUGUAAAUGUUUCCAGUGGGUUAACCAAAGUAGUCAAAGCAGAAGCCCAGAAGGGUUCGAUGACAAGCAGGGAUGGCAUUGGAACUCAAGAGGAGAUGAGAUGCAAAAGGGUAGUGUGUGUUUUGGGUUUUUUCCGUUGUAACAAUUACAGUGAAAAGAGAGGAAAUUCUUCUAAUGUGUUUUAGCUUUGUAUAUCAAAGGUGCUUAUUGGUUGUUCUUUUUUCAUUAUUAUUUUGUAGCCUGCAAUACAUGUCUGUUUUUAUUGUGUAUAAACAAAAUAUUUUUUUGUUGCAAGAAAUUGAGAUCUGUAGCAUUUUCAUUUA